GUCGUGUGGAGUGGACUGCAUUCGUUCGUUCGUGACUUUAUUCGUGAGCACGAUUGUUAGCACCGGAGAGUGAUAAUAGCAUUUCCGGUCAAUUUAAUUCGGUGUCUCGCUGCUGCUGCUAAGGGAGAUUUUUUUAGGGUGACUGCAAACCACCGCGGUCCAUCAAUAUGGAGCCUCUAGACGUAGUGAUUUCGAUUGUGAUGUUCUGCUUUGUGGUGUAUCUGAUGCUCGACAAACGCAUUCAGUAUUGGAAAGAUCGAGGAGUCCCUCAGUCGAAGCCCGAGCUAAUAUUUGGUAAUGUACGCGAGGUGAGCCGGAAAAUGCAUAUAGCGGUGAAGUUUCAGGAGUUGUACAAUGAGCUGAAGGGCAAGCAUCCGUUCGGUGGUAUCUACAUGUUCCUCAAGCCCGUAGCACUGAUCACCGAUCUGGAGCUGCUGAAGUGUGUGUUUGUGAAGGAUUUUCAGUACUUCCAUGAUCGUGGGCUGUAUUACAACGAGAAGCAUGAUCCGCUAUCGGCCCAUCUCUUCAACAUCGAGGGCCAAAAGUGGAAAAGUCUGCGCAACAAGCUCUCUCCAACGUUUACGUCGGGAAAAAUGAAGAUGAUGUUCUCGACAAUCGAAGCGGCCGGUAAGCAGUUCCGGGAUUUCAUGGAGGAAACUGUGGAGAAGCAAAAUGAGUUCGAGCUGAAGGAUCUGUUGGCACGCUUCACGACGGAUGUGAUCGGCAUGUGCGCGUUCGGGAUCGAGUGUAACAGUAUGCGUGAUCCGGAGGCAGAAUUCCGUGAGAUGGGUCGGAAGAUUUUCCAACAACCACGGGGCAAAGUUCGGGGUCUGCUUACGACCUCGAUGCCCCGUGUGGCGAAGGCCCUUGGGAUCACCAAUAUUCUUCCCGAGGUGUCCUCUUUCUUCCUCGGUGUCGUCCGCGAUACGAUCAAGUACCGGGUCGAGAACAAUGUGCAGCGGAAUGAUUUUAUGGAUAUUCUGAUAAGAAUGCGCAGCGAUAAGGACGUCAAAUCGGAGGAUGGUACGCUAACGUUCCACGAGAUCGCCGCACAGGUGUUUGUUUUCUUCUUGGCUGGCUUUGAGACGUCAAGCACGUUGCUCACGUUUACACUGUAUGAGCUGGCGCUGCAGCCCGAGGUACAGGAGAAGGGCCGCCAGUGUGUGAAGGAGGUGCUGAAGCGUCACAAUGGACAGCUGACGUACGAGUCCGUGCUGGAGAUGCAGUAUUUGGAUCAAAUAUUGAAAGAGAGUCUUCGCAAGUAUCCGCCAGUUCCGGUUCACUUCCGAAUUACUUCAAAGGAGUACCAGGUGCCUGGUGAGAAGACAGUGCUAGAGGCUGGUACAUCGGUGAUGAUUCCUGUGUAUGCCAUUCAUCGUGAUCCGGAAAAUUUCCCCGAUCCCGAGCGCUACGAUCCGGACCGGUUCAGUCCCGAGGAGGAAGCGAAGCGUCAUCCGUACGCGUGGACACCGUUCGGCGAGGGUCCCAGGAUUUGUGUUGGGCUACGGUUUGGGAUGAUGCAGGCACGCAUUGGGUUGGCUUAUCUGCUUAAUAGCUUCCAGUUUUCGCGCGGCGUUAAAACCGUUGUACCGUUAAAGCUGGAUGUGAAGAGUUUCAUCCUUUCGCCGGAAGGUGGCAUGUGGUUGAAGGUCGAAAAACUCAAAUAAUCUCCACAACAACGUUGAUUGUAAGCCCUUCACUAUUGUGUUAAAUGAAUUGCCUUCGGUCGUACGCAUUAAUUUAUUUCGACAAUUUAUCGCUCAAAGUACGAUGAACGCAUCAAUAAAAAACAAUAG